GCAUCUGAAUAUUCGCUAGUACCUAAAAGCGGGUAAACAGUUUAUUAAUAAAAGAACGAUGGCGUUUGCCAAUAUAACAAGGCGGUCUCUGGUCCCCAGGCUGUCCAACUUGGUGUUAAGACCGGCAUUGUUAACAACAGGAAUAAGUUCACCGAACACUAUCGAGACACGCCGAGGAGCUGCAAAAUGGUAUCCAGAUCCGGAGUUCAUGAAACAGUUUGGUGGCCCCGUGAUGUACCCGGAUGAGAUUACAUCUCUGUGGAAGGUGCCACCAUGGAACAGCAAGGUGACGCCUGUCGAGAAAUCCGUGCGAAACCUGACCCUUAACUUCGGUCCGCAACAUCCUGCUGCCCACGGAGUCCUUCGUCUUGUACUUGAACUAGAUGGAGAGACUGUAAUGCGCGCCGAUCCGCACAUUGGACUGCUGCACCGCGGCACAGAAAAGCUUAUUGAAUACAAAACUUACACCCAGGCAUUGCCCUAUUUCGAUCGCCUAGAUUACGUUUCUAUGAUGUGUAACGAACAGUGCUACUCGCUGGCUGUAGAGAAGCUCCUUAACAUCGACGUACCACUCCGAGCAAAAUAUAUUCGAACGCUGUUUGCCGAGAUUACCCGGAUUCUUAACCAUAUAAUGGCUGUCGGCACCCAUGCCCUGGACGUUGGUGCCUUAACUCCGUUUUUCUGGCUAUUUGAGGAGCGCGAAAAAAUGAUGGAAUUCUACGAGAGAGUGUCUGGUGCCCGAAUGCAUGCUGCCUAUAUACGACCUGGUGGCGUGUCAUUGGAUAUGCCUCUUGGCUUAAUGGACGAUAUUUAUGAGUUUGCAUCAAAGUUUGCCGAGCGUUUGGACGAAGUGGAGGACGUGUUGACAACGAACCGAAUAUGGGUGCAGCGUACUGAGGACAUCGGCAUUGUGACUGCAGAAGAAGCCCUAAAUUACGGCUUUAGCGGCGUUAUGUUGCGAGGCUCUGGUAUAAAGUGGGACCUUCGGAAACAGCAGCCGUACGAUGCAUACCAUCUGGUAGAUUUCGAUGUUCCCAUCGGCACCAAGGGCGACUGCUAUGACCGAUACCUCUGUCGCGUUGAAGAGAUGCGUCAGUCGCUGCGAAUUAUUGAUCAGUGUCUAAACAAAAUGCCUGCCGGAGAAAUUAAAACGGAUGAUGCCAAGGUGGCGCCUCCCUCACGCUCUGAAAUGAAAACUUCCAUGGAGGCUCUUAUUCACCAUUUCAAAUUAUUUACUCAAGGCUAUCAAGUUCCGCCUGGGUCAACGUACACUGCAAUAGAAGCUCCAAAGGGAGAGUUUGGAGUUUACCUAAUAUCAGAUGGAUCGAGCCGUCCGUACCGCUGUAAAAUCAAAGCGCCAGGGUUCGCCCACUUAGCGGCUUUAGAAAAGAUUGGAAAGCAGCACAUGCUGGCCGAUGUCGUUGCCAUUAUUGGUACCUUGGAUGUAGUAUUUGGGGAGAUAGAUCGAUAAACGUUUAUUGUGAAUUAUGUAUAACAAAGUUUAUGAAUAUAAAAUUCAUGAAUAAGUUUGAAGCAUA